AUGGGUAGAUCAUUCAAGGUUUUUUUGAGCAACUACGCAUACAGUUGCUCAGAAUGUGGAAACCACCUGUCCGAUCCAAGCGAACUUGUUUCUACUUCGUUUAGAGGUAGAACAGGACCAGCAUGGCUUUUUUCAAAAGUUAUAAAUAUAUGUGAAGGACAAUAUGAGGAUAGAAUGAUGACAACUGGUCAACAUACAAUAGUUGAUAUUUAUUGUAGUAAUUGUAGAAAUAAUGUAGGAUGGAAAUAUGAAGAUUCAUCUGAAGAAUCUCAGAAAUAUAAAAAAGGAAAAUAUAUUUUAGAAAAAGCUUUACUCUCUUUUUUAGUUAUUGAUAAAUGUGGAAAAGAACACAAAUUCGAACUUAAAUCAUCUGAUUGUGAUUUUUGA